AUGUCAGCAUCUCAGAGUGCGGCGACUGGGCCGCCGCCCGUGGACGCCUAUCCCAGCCCUCCAGCCUCGCCCGAGUCAGUCAAGGUGGUAGGUAGACCUGCCGCCCCCCGGGAAGCACUGGCAAUCGCAAACUUCAAGUUGGCCACCGACUUCAGCGAUCCGACAGAACGACCAGUGACGCCUGAGGAAGAUGGAGAUGCCCGCCCGCUCACACCCGCCGCAUCCACGGCCUGCGAAGCCCACGAAGCCGAGUCCGCAAAGGAGGCUUCGGAACUCGCUAUUUGGAGAGAAGCGCUUUCUCUCUCCGGUAUGGAAUGCGGUGCUACCAGGAAGGACGGUCAAUCUUGCAAGAAAAAGAUAUCGACUAAGAAAAGGAAGAGCAUUGAUAGCACCAUAAUGCUGCUUUGGAUCGCCAGCAACUCGUCACUUCAGGUCGAGGCGCACCUCGAUGAUCUCGCCAAGUUGGUUCAUUGCCAUUAUCACGACCCCCCGCCAUUCCGAGAAGCCCGAGUCCGUCAUUGGAUGGUCGCGCUACCAGGCGGGCCACGUAUGCUUUCCGUCCAGAAGCUCCUGCGAGACAUAUUAGGAGGUAGGCCAGCGAAGUGCACCGCCAUAGCAAAGAAAGAGGGGAAGCCUUGUAAGAAUCCGAUUGGAAAUCAAGAUUGGUUUUACGCCGACGAGACGAUUGAGAGAAUGAUACAAGUGGCAUUGGAGCCAACUGACAAGGAUCACCCAUUGACCUUUUUGAAAACGGUCCUACAACACCACCUGCUGUGCUAUGUGCACCAAAAAUGGUCCUGCAAGCAGCAAGAUGAAUGGGUGGCGCGCGUGAACAGGUUCUAUGUGGCCUGUCAGGCUGAGCUGAACAGGAGGAACAAGGAUACCGCGAUGAUCAAGGAAGCAACGGCGAGGGAGAGGGAGGCUGACCACACGGCCCAUGACGGCAGACUCCCAUCUCCCCCACCUACGCCAAAUAGCAAGAAAGUGUUCGGCGACCCGAGAACCUACUGGAAUACCACUUAUGAGACGAGCGAGUGGAAGAUUCUCGGAGCAGGUGACAUACUCGACGAGGGCAAGUCCGCCGUUGACGAGAUUCGCGAGAUUGCGCAGCAGUCUUUGAACACCGCCGGUGACAAGUCCGAAAGCGAGGUCUACGACGGCUUUGUAUACCUUUACAAAGUCGCUGGGAACGAGAACCUCGUCAAGAUUGGCUUCACGACGGGCGACGUCACCAAGCGGGUGGAGAAAUGGAAGAAGGACUGCCACCGGGAGUCUGUGGUGCUGUAUCCGUCCCCCGCCGGCACGGCGGCGGUUGCUGUGCCGCAUGCUCAUCGCGUGGAGCGGCUGGUUCACGCCGAGCUCGCCGAGCACCGCGUGCGGGUGUACUGCGAGCGCUGCAAGCAACAGCACAAGGAGUGGUUCGAGGUCUCGGCCGAGCGCGCUGCGGCGGCCCUGGAGAAGUGGUCGCUGUGGAUGCGCGGGCGGCCGUACGACACGAGGGGGACGCGGUCAGCGGUGACGUGGUACUUGAAGGCGAGUGAGGCCAAGCGCCUCGCCGACGUUGCGAAUUUUCUAAAAGAAUUGGAAGCCGCGGUGGCAGCUGCAGGAACUGCAAAGUAG